UCCACUGGAUUUGCAAAAGGACUGAGAAGUAAUCCUUUCCUGCCCAGUAUUGUUAACGGAAGGGCUUGGCUCAAAAGCCAAUCAAUCCCUCGAGAGGGUGGAGUUUUCAUCGGUGCUUCCAAUUCCAACCAAUCUCAGGGAAGGCAGGAGAGCAAUCCUCCAAUGGGAGCUGAGGAGCCCGUGAUUGUGGUGGAGCAUCGCUACCCUGCCAGGGUUCGGUGGAGCAUUGCGUGAAGCGUCCGUGUGUCUGCGAGAUCUUGCUGUGAGCCAGGUAUCCAUUCUCCUGCGGCAGCUCUAGAACCUACGGAGACUAGAGGUCCGUGGGUGGUGGAGGAUCCUUGGCGUAGCAAAAAAGGAAGGCGAGUGCUCCUGUAUCCACUUCAGACGGUACCCAGACAGGGUCUUACCUUGCAGCUCUUGCUGUUCUGGAACUCACCGAGAUCCCCCUCUGCGUACAAAGUGCUGAGAUUAAAGAACAUCCACCAUUAUUAGAACCAUCACCCUGCAGCUAGCUUGGACAUCCUUAAAAGGGCUCAUCAGAAGUAUCUGAUAUUCAUGAAGACAGAGUUUCAGGGUUUCUGCCUGGAGCCACACCCUCCAGGAGCCGCUGCUUAGCUUCCCCAGCACCCAGCCCCAUCCCAACCAGUUACAACUUGGGCUGUGCUUGGUGUUUCUUGGAAACUGGAACACAGACUCCUCCGACUGCUCUCCAGGCCCUUUGUCCUCAGUGAGCAGAAGACCACAGAAGCUGGCUACUGAAGAGGCUGUCCAGAUAGCAGAGCACCUCACUGGCCUUGCUUAGCACCUUUACUACAGAGCAGUCUCUGAGUGCUGACCACCUACCUGCAGGGACUGCAGAGAGAUUUGUCAGGUGCCCCACUUCACUAAGGGCCACUCUCUAGUGAUCCCUCUAGUGGUGGCCCCACUAGAAAAACGUGGUCUUGAUAGGGUUUGCACUGCCUUGAGUCCUACCUGAGCUGCAGUAGCUCUUCACCUAAAUCUAAUCCACAUCCUAUGUAGAAAACUGUGGACUAUUUUUUUUCUCUCUCCUUCUGGUGAGAAGAGUUUUAACUAUUGAUUCAGUCCCAUCAGUAGUUGUGGUACUAUCAAGAAUUUAUUUUUUUCUGCUUGAGUAAAUUUUGGAUAUAGUUUCCUAGGUGUUGGACCAUUUUGUCUGUGUUUUCAAAUUCACUGACAUCAAGUUCCUGUUUUGAAAGUCUCUGCUCUAUCUAAUCCGUAGCAAUGUCUCCUUUUUCACUGCUAAUACUGGUUAUUUGCGCCUUCUCCCUUUUCUUCUUGAUCAAUCUCAGCAGAGGUUUGUCUAUUUUAUUAGUCUUCACAAAGAACCAACUUCUGGCUCUGCUGCUCCUCUCGAUUGUGUCUUUGUUCUCUAUUUCUUUAAUUUCAGCUCUGAUCUUUUUUGACCUCCUUCCUUCUACAUUUUUUGGGUUCAUUCUGUUGCUCUUUUUCUGAUUUCUUCAAUUGUAUGUUGAGCUCAUUCAUUUUCAGUCUUGCCUUUUUUUUUUCCCUGUUUGCUUGGUGUUAAUGUUUGCUUCUCUCACUUAUCUGUAGCUCAGGCUCACCUCAAGUGCACAAUGAUCUUUUCCCUUACACUCUCAAGUACAGGAAUUACAAUAGGUGUGAGGCACUGGGCCUAGCUUUCAGCCUUUCUUGUUUUCUAAUUUAUAUGUUUGAAAUCUAUAAAUUUCCUGCUAAUACUACUCUCAAACAUGAUCAUAUACAGUAGUAAUUUCAUUGUUCAGUUCCAAGUGUGGCAGUAUAUCUAUUACUAUUACUUGUUUGACCCAUGAAUUAUACAGAAGCAUGUUUUUAAGUUCCCAAAUGUUUCAGGGAUUUUAAGUUUGUUCUUUUAUUUAAAUCUAUCUUAAUUAUGUUCAGAUGAUAUGGUCUAUGUGGUAACUCUUGAAAUUUAUUGAGACUUGUUCUCUUGCUUAGUACACGAUUUAUAAUUAUUAAUGUUUCCUAUGUGCUCUAUAAGAAUGUAUGUCCUCUGAUUAUUGAAUAUAGAAAUCUGUGUGUCUGUUAGCAACUAUCUUAUUCAAAUUAUAUUUACCUAAACUGGUUACUUUUGUUAUGAUCAACAGUUUUUAAAGUUAACUCUUACAGUGGAGUUCUCUGUUUUCUUCUUAUAGUUUCCUUUUUUAACAUAAAUUAAGAAUUGUUAUAUUUCUUGUAAAAGUGUGAUAUCCUUCUCUAUUCCUGAUGAUAGAGGAAUUAUGCCAGGUUAUCUUGUAUUAAUGUAACAGCACAAGCUUUUCUUGUUAGGGUUUGGGUGGUAUAUAACUUUCUAUCUUUUUACUUUUAAGAAUUUUUUACACCUUUGUGUUUUAAUUAUAUUUCUUGAAAACAGCAUAUGGCUGGACUUUUUUUAAAAAAAACUAAUCUUGGGCUGGGCGUAGUGGCGCACGCUUUUAAUCCUAGUACUUGGGAGGCCGAGGCAGGUGGAUCUCUGCUUUUGAGGCCAACCUGGUCAACAUAGUAGUGAGUUCCAGGCCAGCCAAAGCUAUACAGUGAGACCCUGUCUCAGAAAAAAAAAAGUUUAUCUAAUGACCUCUGCCUUUAAAACUUAGCAAGUUUUGUUUACACUCCCUUUAGGUUGUUUGCAAUAGUUUCUACCAUUACUUUCUUAUUUUGAUUUUCUGCUACUUUUUGUAUGCUUCCUAUCCUCCUUUUUCACCUGCUUUUUUUAGUUUUAAGGUUUUUUUCUAUUUUUCUACUCUUUGGUUAUCUUUGACAUUCUACCAUGAACUUACAAAGUUCAAACAAUAUUUUCAGUGUUUCUUGAAGAGUGCAGGAAGCUAAGAAACCCGAUUUUAGUCAUUCCUCUGCUAAGCACUUGAUUUUGUUUUCAAGUAUGUGAAUGUAUUCCUUGUUUCUUGCUUGGUUGUUUUGUGAUCUCAUAGUUCUAUAUUAUUGGUAUUGUUUAUAUAGACAGGCAGUAUUUGUACAUGCAUACUUUCUUGCAUCUCAGAACCCCCCCCCCUUAUGGCUUUAUUCUCUUUCUUUAUGAAUAUAGUGUUUGUCUACUGUUUUAGUUCAUCUCUCCCGGUAUUAAACUCCCCAGAUCUUUGCUCUGAGUUACAGGCUUUAUCUUCAUCCUUAGGAGAGUUUGCUCAACCUUUAAAACGCGUGUAUAUGCCUUGUUGCCUUUAAAAAAGUACAUUGUCAGUCUAAUUGUGGUUUGUUUUCAUUCAUCUGGUUAGUAAGUAGGGUGCACAGGGAAUUCUGCGCUUUCAUUCGAGCAUCUUUAGACUUGUUUCUUUUUUUAUUUAUUCUAGUUUUGAAAUGUGUUUCAUGGCUUAGUAGAUGCAUGGUGUGUGUGUGUGUGUGUGUGUGUGUGUGUGUGUGUGUGUGUAAUUUCUGGAAAGUUCUCAAUUAUUAGAGUCUUUCUGGGUUUUUUUCCUCAGAAUGCAACUACUCAAGUUUUGUAACUCCCAAUUCUGUUUUUCAUAACUCAUAACAGCUCUUUGUUAUUUUCUGUCUCCCUGUACUUCAUUUAGGGACAUUUCAUCAGGUAUAUGUUUUAGUUUAUUCUCUUAGUUUAAUCUGCCUUCUGCUUUUUCCAUUGAGUUUUUUCUUUUGUGUUUUCUUUGUAAAAGAUUCAUUUACUUUCUAGUCUUUUUUAUCUCAUUUGUUGUUCGCUCAAAUUGUGAUUACAUCUACUAGUUAUUUAAGUAUAAUUUUUGUUAAAUCAGAAUUCACUUUUGUGUAUAUGGCACUGUAAAUAUUGUUCACAUCUGAACUGCAUAGCACACUAACUUAUCAUCUCUACUGUGCACCUUUUUGUUUUCCUAAAAUCCAGUGUUCUAGGUGUUGUUUAUUUUUCUCUUCCUAGUGUUGUAGCACUUGCUACUAAUUCUCAGUAAUUCUAUUAGAAUUAAAAAUUCUUCUUAGAAAUUAUUUGUGGAAUCCAAAUCAGAUCAUGUUUCCCUAGCCUGCUCAAAAUUCUCCCAGGACCCCCAGUUCCCUCAGUACACAAGCCAGAAUCAUCUCCAUGGCCUAGAUGUUCCUACACAGGGGAGAUCCUUCACCUCUUUCAUCUCAUUGCUAUCAGCCUCACUCCUCUCUGGCUAUCUUUGCCUUUUUCCUAAUCCUCAAGCAUGCUAGGGGCCUUCCACCUGCAGGGCCUCUGUAUUUGCUGUUUUCACUACCUGGGACAUCCUUCUUCCCAAAUAAUUUGAUGACUUAACUAAGUCUUUCUAUAUUAAGUUUUCCCUAGAGAAAUAUCUCCUAACCAACAUAUAUAAAAUAGCUCUGUUCCUCUCCAUGUUGUAUCAUAUCCUAUUUUAUGUUAUAUCUUCUACAAAGCACUGAUCACUAUUUGAUAUAUCUUUAUUUAUUGUGGUUAGUGUUUGUCUCUACCAAAUAACCUGUAAGCUCCUCAAAACAGAGAUUUCUGUGUUGUUUACUGCUGUAACUCCAGUGUCAAGGACAGUGUGUAAUAAUAUUUGGUGAACAUUCAAUAAAAUAUUUG